AUGGAUUUGGAUUUGGAGAAUUUGGCGGCUGGGUAUCGCUUCAACCCAACUGCAGAGGAGCUCCUAAUGCAAUACCUUUGCCCUCGCCGGAGCUACAUGCCCGUCCCCUGUGGCGACCGUAUCGUAAAGGACGUUGAACUGUACGGUAAAGAAAACCCGUGGACUCUAUUUGGAGUCACCGAUGAGUCACAAGAAUGUUGCUUUUUCGUCUUCACCUAUUUAAAGAAACUCUCUGGGGAAAACGGCAGACCAAGACCCAACGAGAGGAAAAUUCGAAGGGCCGGCUCGGGGGUUUGGACUAGCCGGAGAGUAAAUGAUGUGAAAGACAGUGAAGGAAACGUUAUUGGUGUUGAUCGGUACUAUUUCUUCUCUACAGGGGAGGACAAGAAGAAGAAUGUUCAUGGUCGCUGGACUAUGCACGAGGUUAUUUGUAUUGUUGCUUGCAACACCCAGAUUGUAAUCAAGCACACUGCCUCCGGGAUAAGACCCCAGGACCCUGCUCAAGGUUCCUGA